GACCGUGAGCACGCCUUAGAUUAGGCAAGGAUACAAUGUUACUGCUAAAUCAAGCCAUACUUUGAAAUCGAAUUAGAUGUAGGCAAUUGAAUUGAAAUGAUACACAAGUAGGCUAUAGCCGUUUAUAUCAGUACAUGCAGUAGCCUAUGCAGCAAAUAAACAUCAAAAUCGACCUGAAUUCUAGGGGAAAUCAGGAAUGUUUCUUCCGGUUCCUAAGAGUACAAAAACAAAACGGAAGCUGAUUUGUAGGGCCUGACGGAGGUCCGCAGUCUCAUUGCCCGAGGACAGCUCCUCCAUCCGCUCCGCUGGCAGCACCCGCCUGGGGGGCUGCAUGGGCCUAGCGCGGGUCCCGAACGAGCUGCCGCUCCCCCCUCUCCCCGCCUCACAGACGCUCCGUGCCCUCCUGCCCUGAGGGGUCGCAGGCUAAGCACACGCAGAACCUGGGACGGGCGUCCGGAGACGCGAACAAGGCCCUGGACCGGGGCCCCCCGCAGCGCGACAGAGAGCGCGACCCAUCGCGAGAGACCCCAAGGGGCCUUCAGUCCUCCCUGGUUUCGAGGGCGACGGCCGUCGAUACAUUGAGCUCGCUCGAAAGAGUCGGGAGCGGGAAGCAUCCUCUCGCCGGGUGUGAUCUGGGCUCUCGGAGGUAGGAGGGAGGGGAGGAAAGAGACAGAGAGCGAGAGAGAGAGAGAGAGUGGAGCGCCUCGCCUCUCGUCUGGAGAUGAAGCUUCAAGCCGUGAUGGAGAACCUGCACCGGCAGCAGAGAGCGAAGCUGCUGAUGGAGCUGGAGCAGCAGCAGCAGCAGCAGCAGCAGCAGCAGGCGGGACAGUCCCAGGCCCGAAACGCGGCCCAGUCCGACCCGGGCCUGGCGGGGCCCGACGAGCGCAUGGCCAGCCCGGUGCCGGAGGCCGAGCACGCUCAGAUGGCGGCGCUGGCGGCCAUGCGCGCCGUGGCGGCCGGGCUGCAGAGGGCCCCCGACAGCCCCAUGUCCGAGCGCAGCAGCGCGGCCGAGGACGAGGAGGAGGACGACGACGACGAAGAGGGCGAAGAGCCCUACAAGGACAUGAUGGGCUCGGAGGAGGAGGAGCGCAUAAAGCAGAAGUGGGACGAGGAGGACUUUGAGGGGGAGAUGGAGGACGAUUACGAGGAUGACCUGGCGGAGGAGGGCGUGCCUCCGGGGCGGGACGCGGUGAUGGGGAAGGGGAUCCUGCUGCUCCCGCACCGCCGGCUGCACCCCCACUCCCAGCUGAUAAAGCCCCGGCCCCUCACCGACCAGGAGCCUCGCGUGUCGGCCCUCCCGCCCCACGGAGCUCACAGCCAGCUGGGGGGAGGCCAGGACCACGGGGACUGGACGUAUGAGGAGCAAUUCAGACAGCUCUACGAAUUGGACGGGGACCCCAAACGCAAGGAGUUCCUGGACGACCUGUUCAGCUUCAUGCAGAAGAGAGGAACCCCCGUGAACAGGAUCCCCAUCAUGGCCAAGCAGGUGUUGGACCUGUACAUGUUGUACCAGCUGGUGACGGAGAAGGGAGGCCUGGUGGAGGUCAUCAACAAGAAGCUGUGGAGAGAGAUCACCAAGGGCCUCAGCCUGCCCACCUCCAUCACCAGCGCGGCCUUCACCCUCAGGACUCAAUACAUGAAGUACCUGUACCCUUACGAAUGUGACAAGAGGGGACUCAGCAAUCCGAACGAACUGCAGGCAGCGAUCGACAGCAACCGGCGGGAGGGCCGGCGGCAGAGUUUCGGCAGCACCCUCUUCACCUACUCGCCCAACGGCACCCCCACCAUGCUCUCCUCCCCGAAACUCUCCAUGUCGGGCAUGGGCAUGCCCGGGGCCACCAACGGGACGGCCCUGGCCAAAAUCAAGAAAGAGGACGAGGGCGGGCCGGCGCUGGUCUCGGGCCGCAUGUCGGCGGCGUUGGCGGGUCACUCAGUGAUGGCGGCCCAGGCGGCCGCCGUGCAGGCCGCGGCGGCCCAGGCGGCGAUGGCGGCCCAGGUCGCCGCGCUGGAGCAGCUCCGGGACAAGCUGGAGGCCGGCGAGCCACCAGAGAAGAAGAUGGCGCUGUCCUCGGAGGACCACCAGCGUCUCCUGCAGAGGGCGCUGCAGCACAACCUGCUGGCCAUGACCGCGCAGAUGCCCAUGAACAUCCGCAUCAACAACCAGGAUGGCAGGCAGGACUCGGCCCUCAACCUCACCACCAAUGGCAUGAACAGCAUCAGCAUGUCGGUCGAGCUCAACGGGGUCGUCUACACCGGUGUGCUUUUUGCUCAGGCAGCAGGGUCAGCCCCAUCAGGCCCCCCUGGGUCCUCAGGCUCCAGUAGCAGCAAAGCCCUUGGUGGCCGCAGUGGGUCCCAGCCAGUCGCCCACACACCUACCUCCUCCAACAACACAUCGCCUUAAAAACCUCACAACCUCCACCCCCUCUACCUUUUCUGAUGCUAACUAAAGCCAAAAACCAACCUCAUUUUUCUACGUAGCCUUCGCCAAAAGAAAAAGGACAAUAUAGAAAUAAAACCAGACCACUUGAAGUACACUAUCUCAGGUUCUCUCGCCUGCCACGGGAUUUUUGUCUUUACGCUUUGAGUUUGUUUAAUUUUCUUUCCACCUUUACGCAGCAGCCAAAAUAGUUGUGAAAUAUAACUAGAGCCAGUAUGGAGGUA